UUUUCUCGGUGAUUUCUGGAUGCCGGUCUCUUGCCGUAUCCACAAUGACAGCUUUCUCCUCAGCAGCACUGGUAUUGUUAUUGCUGUUGCUGCUGGAGGGCUGGGGGGGUUGUGGCUGGCCCCAACCCGGCCGGAUUCAGUAGCUCCCCUGCCUUGCAGUUGCCCCUUUAAGGAACCAGGCCCAGACCUGCUGAUGUUUCUGCAGAAGCUCCCCUGGGCUGAGAGGCAGGAGGACCGGAGCAGUGAUGUCAUCGGCAGCCUCCCCAGCCACAACGCAGGCUCCUUGAGCCGGAGAGAUGAUGAUGCUGCAGGAGGAAGAGCAGCCAGAGCUUGGGCCUAGGAAGCACAGCCUGGGAUAAGGCAAGUCAGUCAAGCAGCUCUUGAGAAGGGAUGCUGCCCCCUCUUUCACUACAGGAACGUCCACUGACCUUCCUUUCCUAGGAUGAUCCCUCCUACGACUGGGACCCCUCCUCCAAGUGAGGUUCUCUUCCCUACAUUGACUUCUCAGGAAUUCUGGAGGUCACAGGUCUCAGGAUACACUGGAACUGUGACUCGGCACAUCAGCCAUCGGGCCAACAACUUUAAGAGACACCCUAAGAGGAGGAAACAUAUCCGCCCCUCUCCACCCCCACCUCCGAACACACCCUGUCCUAUAGACCUGAUUGACUUUGGGGACCUGCACCCUCAGAGGUCCUUCCGGGAGCUGCUAUUCAAUGGCUGCAUCCUCUUUGGAAUCGAGUUCAGCUACGCCAUGGAGACAGCGUAUGUGACCCCUGUACUGCUCCAGAUGGGGCUCCCUGAUGAGCUCUACAGCAUGGUCUGGUUCAUCAGUCCAAUUCUAGGCUUCCUACUGCAGCCUUUGUUGGGUGCUUGGAGCGACAGGUGCACUUCAAGGUUUGGAAGGAGACGGCCUUUCAUCCUGGUGCUGGCUAUAGGUGCACUUCUGGGGCUUUCACUUUUACUCAAUGGGAGAGACAUUGGCCUAGCUCUGGCCGACACUGUCAGUAAUCACAAAUGGGGCAUCAUUCUCACCGUUUGCGGAGUGGUCCUCAUGGAUUUCAGUGCUGACUCAGCAGACAACCCCAGCCACGCCUACAUGAUGGAUGUGUGCAGUCCUGUGGAUCAGGACAGAGGACUGAACAUCCAUGCCCUCUUAGCAGGUCUCGGAGGAGGCUUUGGAUAUGUCGUUGGAGGAAUAAACUGGGACAAGACUAGUUUCGGCAGAGCCCUGGGUGGACAGCUGCGAGUCAUUUAUGUCUUUACUUCUGUCACCUUGAGUAUCACCACAGUGCUGACACUCAUCAGUAUUCCAGAGAGGCCUCUGCAGUCCUUUAGCAAGAAGAAAACGGUGAUGAAGAGCCCAAGCCUUCCUCUUCCUCCUUCUCCCCCAGUCUUGUUUGAGGAAGGCACAUCUGACAACAUUGACUCUCAGAAUGCAACUCAUUUAUAUGCAAGUUUUACCAGCCCUACUUCUCCUCUCAGCCCUCUCACACCCAAAUAUGGCAGCUUCAUCAGCCGGGACAAUUCUCUGACUGGGAUUAAUGAGUUUGCAUCCUCCUUUGGAACUUCCAAUAUUGACAGCGUACUCAUAGACUGCUUUACUGCCCGGCACGAUAACUAUCUCGCCCUCCCUGCCAGCUUACCCCGGCAGACCAUCAGCGUCAGUUUCCCAAGGGCUCCCGAUGGCUUCUACUGUCAAGAAAAUGGAAUUCUGGAAAGGGGGGCAGUCUCAGUGACUCAUGGGCCAGAAGGAGACACAUUAAGGGUAGGCUCUUUGGAUGCUCCAAAGCCUCGAUCGUCUGGGAUUCUAAAAAGGCCUCAGACAUUGGCCAUCCCAGAUGCUGUAAUAGGAAGUUGUCCAGAAAGUAGCAGGAGAAGGAAUGUUACCUUCAGUCAACAGGUUGCUAAUAUUUUACUCAAUGGUGUCAAAUAUGAGAGUGAAUUGAAUGGCUCUGGGGAGGUCUCUGAGCAGUCACUUUCCAUGCGACGUCUCUGUUCUACCAUCUGCCAUAUGCCGAAAGCCCUUAGAAAUCUCUGUAUCAACCACUUCCUGGGGUGGCUCUCAUUUGAGGGCAUGCUGCUUUUCUACACAGACUUUAUGGGUGAGGUGGUCUUCCAAGGAAACCCCAAAGCUCCUCACACUUCAGAAGAUUAUCAGAAAUAUAAUGCUGGAGUCACCAUGGGGUGCUGGGGGAUGUGCAUCUACGCAUUCAGUGCAGCAUUUUAUUCAGCAAUGCUAGAAAAGCUAGAAGAAUACUUCAGCAUUCGCACCCUGUAUUUCAUUGCCUAUCUUGCCUUUGGAUUGGGGACAGGUCUUGCUACACUCUCCAGGAAUAUCUAUGUGGUUUUAUCACUAUGCAUAACAUAUGGGAUAUUAUUUUCUACCCUCUGCACCCUCCCCUAUUCUCUGUUGUGUGAUUACUACCAGAGUAAAAAGUUUUCAGGGUCGACUGCAGAUGGCACCAAGCGAGGAAUGGGGGUGGACAUCUCCCUCCUGAGCUGUCAGUACUUUUUAGCUCAGAUUCUCGUCUCUGUCAUCAUGGGACCAUUGACCUCAGUGGUAGGCAGUGCCAAUGGGGUAAUGUACUUCUCCAGCCUCAUGUCUUUUGUGGGCUGUUUGUACUCUUCCCUUUUUGUCAUUUAUGAAAUUCCUCCCAGCGAGGAAUUAGAAGAGGAACACCAGCCACUUCUGCUGAACAUCUAGCGUCGUGAGGACCUCCAUUUUGGGACUACUGCUUGUAACAUGGGUUAUUUUGAAAAAGGGCUAGUUAAGAGCUGACCAAUGAAAUGACUGGAUUGCCUUGACCAGCCUCCUCAACCAAGUGUGCAAGUGGAAAGAUUUCCUAUUGGAAUGUAAAUAUGUGACAAGACAAUAAAUAAUAGCAAAAAAAACAAAAAAAAAGAAAAAAAGAAAACAAAAUUAAAAAAAAAAAAGUCUGCUCCUUCUAAUGGUGAAGGGUCAUCCUAGAGGGGUCAGUAGGGGAACUAAUGCCUCUCUUGAUCCUGAGGUGGAAGAAGCCAUGAGUGUGGACUUCAAAGAAGAAUGUUGUUUGUUUUUCUGUGACUUACUAACAGAAGAGUACUCAUGGAUCCCAGCAUUCAUCAUUCAAUAUAAAGCUAAUUCCUAUAAAAUAUUCUGGGAGGCAUGGGGUCCAAUUUCAUUUUAGAAAGCAAAGGAGUUUAGCUAAUUUCCCUUGAGAUAUAAUUCCUGGUCAGAAAGCCUUGUUUUAUCCUUAAUCCCUUACGUAAAUGUACAGCAGAAUUGGACCACUUAACUGGAAGAAGCCAGAGAGACCAAAGAACCCAAGUCCUCCAUCUUAUAAGAGAGGAGGCUGAGGGUGAGUGAAAGGGAGGUAACUCGACUAAGGCUAGAGGUACGAGAAUGGCUUCCUGACCCAUGGGUCCAGUGUGUUCACUUCAUAACAUUAUCUUUGCUUUGCCAUCUGUCAUUUUUGUGAACCAUCAAAGAGAAGUAAGAGAGAUAAACUUGCACUUUCUAGUCAAGCAACAUGAUGUAAAUCUCAGAAUCUCCCAAGCAGGUAGAGGAGUUGUGGGGUUGGGAGGGUGAGGAGUCAAGGCACAUUUUGAUAUAGGGGCUGCAUUUUAGCUCAGAGGCAGCUCCACAUGUCUCAGGGUAAAGAAAAAAUGCCCAAUCUUAGAGGUGAGAAUUGGGGUUUUUGGUUUAAUAGGAAAGGGUAUCCUCUUCAAGGUUAUGAUCAAACCAUUCAGAAGAGAUAUUACCAAAGUUGGCAUUGAGAGAAGGUUUCUCCUUGGCACUCGUCUUUUUAAACGUCUUUAAGAUUUUUGGCCAAGUUUAGAAUUUCAUAAUUCUGACAUGCCAACUACAUUGCCAUUGGCAUAUCUAAACAAAGGCUGGACCACUGUGAUAGUGAUGACAGCAGGGACUGAAGCAAUAUUGGGGCUAAUAAACUCUAUCCCUUCAAAGUAGAUCUGGUUAUAUGAUAGAUUAAAUCACGUGCCCUGUCUUGGACUAAUGCAGAAGAAUAUCUCUCCCUAGAACAAAGCUGCUAGCCUUGUCUCCCUAUGCCUGACCCACUAAUAAGAAAAUAGCACAGUGCCUAGCACAUAGUAGUUCCUUGUUGACUGAAAUUAAAUAGAAUCCAAGAAUCUAUGCAGGGCAAAAUAAACCAAAAGUUAUUGGGCUGAUUUGGGGAAACUUCUCAAGGUAAUUGUGGAUCCCUAUCUAAUCACUACUCUGAAUAUAAACCUACACCAAUGCCCUAUUAUCUUCUGGAGUGUUGGGUUUGGAGUCACAGAACCCAAGUUUGAAUCCUGGCUCAGCCACUCUGAUUGUGGGCAAGUCUCAAGGGCUGAGUUUUGUCAAAUGAAGGGGUUGGAUGAGACCAAUGUGUGAACUCCUUGUCAAGUUCUAAGGACUACAAUAUAGUCCAUCAGAUUAGCAAAAUAAUUAGGGUUAUAUUAUCUAUCUCUAGUCCCC